CAUGGAUUACAUUCGGACAGUCAUACUGAUAUUCUCAAAAGUUUGAAAAUAUAUCAUUCUAAAUGCGUAAAAUAUGUUGAUUGAUGUAGAAAAUGAGUUGGGCUUUGAGAAGAAGGAGGCUUCGAAUUAUGAGAGGAAGCACUUCCGUAGAUUUGUUAAUUCAGAACCAGUGAAGAUCAUAUCACGUGACGAAUGGGGAGCAGAACCACCCACUAGCACGACCCCUCUACCAGGGAAUAUUGUCAAACAUGUGUUGUACGUAUACCAGACUCACACGAGCAGUUGUCGGAGCAAGGAGGAAUGCUCCUUACAGCUGCAGGAUCUGCAGCAGCGCUGCUUCGACAACAACAAACCUGAUAUAUUCUACAACUUUAUGGUAGGGGGUGAUGGUAAAGUCUAUGAAUGCAGAGGCUGGUUUACAAUGCCUGACAAGUACAACAGACUUGGAGACCACAUGGACCCAUCUACCAUUUAUGUAGGAUACAUUGGAGACUUUGCAGAUAUCCAUCCCAAUAUAAAACAGUGGCAUGCUGGUUGGAAACUGCUGGAGUAUGGAUUCAGAAACAACUUAAUAUCAGAGCCAGAUUUUAGAUUGUAUUACUGCUCAUGAUCAUUUUGGUUACUUAAAGAUACAUGUAGGUUCGGAUUGGUAACUAUUUGUUUUUCCUCCACAUGAUAUUUU